GUCAGGAAGAAACGCCGAGAGGUGGGAGUGCCUGGCGAGGGAGGCAGGCGGUCCCUAUCGCAGGCGCUGGGAGCUCCUUUCCGCCCCUCCGCCUGCUUCCAAGCCUGGGCUCUUUGGAGUGGCUGAGGCUGCGGAGCGCUUCUGGAGCCUGUGAAUGAACCCUCCUCUUCUCCCCUCCUCCUCCUUGCUGAGUCUCCUCCUCGGCUCUGACGGUACAGUGAUAUAAUGACGAUGGGUGUCACAACCCGCAUUUGAACUUGCAGGCGAGCUGCCCCGAGCCUUUCUGGUGGAGGAACUCAGGGCGCGCUGGAGCAGCAGUCGUGAGUAUUAGGUCCUGCGGACAGGACCGGGGACCGGGAUCUGCGGUUAGCAGCGCAUCCUCCCUCCAGCUCCGUCCCGCACUCGCCGCAUCCUUCCCCAGCCCCGGCGCUUCCUAUGUGAUCUGCCGGGACAACGCGGAGCCAAUUCUCACAGCUCAGCAGUGAAUUUCCCCCCAAACUGCAGUAAGCUGCCUUUCAAGGACAAGAUGUUGAUAAACAUGAAAAGUGUCUUAUGGAUGUGGUCAACCUUAUUACUAACCCACGCACUACAUAAAGCAAAAACGGAAAGCCCCCCUGUUAAAGGUUCUCUGUCUGGAAAAGUGAACCUACCUUGUCAUUUUUCGACCAUGCCUACCCUACCACCCAAUCACAACACGAGUGAAUUUCUCAGAAUCAAAUGGUCUAAAAUGGAAGUGGACAAAAAUGGAAAAGACAUAAAGGAGACUACCGUCUUGGUGGCCCAGAAUGGAAAUAUCAAGAUUGGUCAGGACUACAAGGGGCGUGUGUCAGUGCCUACACACCCCGAGGAUGUGGGUGAUGCCUCCCUCACCAUGGUCAAACUCCGUGCAAGUGAUGCAGGUGUCUACCGCUGUGAUGUCAUGUACGGGAUUGAAGACACCCAAGACACCAUGUCACUGGCUGUGGACGGAGUUGUGUUUCACUACAGGGCAGCGACCAGCAGAUACACGCUGAACUUUGCGGCUGCUCAGCAGGCUUGUUUGGACAUUGGGGCAGUCAUAGCUACCCCAGAGCAGCUGUUUGCUGCCUACGAAGAUGGCUUUGAACAGUGUGAUGCAGGGUGGCUGUCUGAUCAAACUGUGAGAUAUCCCAUACGGGCUCCCAGAGAAGGCUGUUAUGGAGACAUGAUGGGGAAGGAAGGGGUUCGGACAUACGGAUUCCGCUCUCCCCAGGAAACCUAUGAUGUGUACUGUUACGUGGAUCAUCUGGAUGGCGAUGUGUUCCACAUCACUGCUCCCAAUAAGUUCACCUUUGAGGAGGCUGAAGCAGAGUGUGAAAACCGGGAUGCCAGGCUGGCGACUGUUGGAGAGCUUCAGGCAGCUUGGAGGAAUGGCUUUGACCAGUGCGAUUACGGGUGGCUGUCGGAUGCCAGUGUCCGGCACCCUGUGACUGUGGCCAGAGCCCAGUGUGGAGGUGGUCUACUUGGGGUGAGAACCCUGUAUCGUUUUGAGAACCAGACAUGCUUCCCUCUCCCUGAUAGCAGAUUUGAUGCCUACUGCUUUAAACCUAAACAGAAUAUAUCAGAGACAACCACCAUCGAAAUGAAUAUCCUCGCAGAAACUGCGUCACCCAGUUUAUCCAAAGAACCACACAUGGUAUCUGACAGAGCUACACCAGUCAUUCCAUUAGUCGCCGAAUUACCUUUCAUUACCACACCCUUCCCUCCUGCAGGAAAUAUAGUCAGUUCUGAACAGGAAUCUGUAGUCUACUCUCAGGCAAUCACAGACAGAUUAGUCACUGAAUCACCCACCGCUGCUGGGAGUACCAACAACUCUUGGGAUAUGUAUGACUACUUAUCUUCUGGGUCAGGACCACUUGGAAAGCCACACAUAUCUGAAAUUAAGGAGGAAGGACUCCAAAGUACAACUGUCAUCUCCCAACAUGCUACUGGCUCACAGGAUGGAAUUACAGAGGGUGUGCAUGAAUCAGUUACACAGAUGGAACAAAUAGAAGUGGGCCCCUUAGUAACAUCCAUGCAAAUCACAAAGCACAUUUCUUCCAAGGAGUUGUCAGCAACUGAAACACCAUUUCAAUCCACAGACGUGACCCUGGCACACAAAACUGAAAUGCCAACAGUAAGCACUAGUCCUGAAUUGGCAACCACAAAUCACUAUAGAUUCACCUUAAGGGAAGAUGAUAGUGAAGACAGAACACAAAAAGUUAGAUCCAGUCAGAGCACCUCGGGCUUUAGCCAAAUACCUGAAGUCAUCACAGUAUCAAAGACAUCAGAAGAUCCUACCUACUCCCAGUUAAGGGACUCCGAGUCCUUUUCAACAUCAACGUUUGUUUCACCUGUUACCAUGCAUGACAUAGAUGGAUCGCUCACAGAUAAAGAGAAAGAACACAAAACUAAUGGCAAGAUGACUGAAGAUGAUUUUGGUCAGUCACAGCCUACAACUCCUUUCCCAUCACAGCAUCUUACAGACGCAGACUUGCUUCCAUUUUCUGGUGACACAACAUCAGUAGAGGGAGUGCCCACAGUUACUCAUCCCUUGUUACAAACAGAAGAGACACAGGGAAGAGAACUAACAGAAACACCAAGACCAGAGUGGAAAACAGAUACUUACACAGCUGAUGAGAUACAAGAAAAGAUCACCAAGCAUCCAUUUAUAGCAACUACAGAAGAAGGCUUCUCUGGAAUGAAGCCCUCUACAUCUUCCUCAGAAGGAAUUCAUUUCACAGAGUCUUCAGUGGAAAUGACCGAAUCUGUUUCCCCAACAUUGACAACUGGAAAGUUAAGUGUGAAGCCAACAGAAGCAAGAGAUGUAGCAGAAAUGACAGUUCUGACUAGAUUAGAAACACAUGUUACAAAGUCCAACAAAGACUUUACAACUGCCCAUUUGACCCAAAGUAGGGAAGUAGUCACAGUAUCAAAAUGGUCAUGGGAUGAAAAUAAUGCAACUUCAAAGCCUUUAGCCUCAACAGAACUUUCAGGUGUUACAAAAUUGCCCCCUGUCUCACUUAGUACUACAGGAAAAAAUGGAAAGGAUAAAGAAACACCAAGAUUCACGGAUGUAGGAAAUGAAUAUUCUCAUUUCCUAGAUGAUACUAAAAAAACAUUAGAAAAGGUUUCUGAAGAAGAAUUAACAUCUGGAGAAUUUACAGGUACGUUUCAGCCAACUACAUCAAUGAGUGGUGCAGAAAAGUCAACUUUGAAAGCAUCUACAACUGGAGACAGGGUUCUGCCCAGCACAAGUACAGAAGACCAAGUCAUUCACACAACUGUGGAAGGAAGUGCUUUGGGUGAAGAUACAGAUACCUCUGAACAACUUUUUACUACCUCCCCAUUUGCAUAUACCUCUGAUGUGGAAGAAUUGGCAUUUGUCAAUUAUAGUAGCACCCAGAAGCCCACUACUUAUGUAGACAUGUUCCACACUAGUCCUCUUUCUGUAAUUCCCAAGACAGAAUGGAGUAUGUCGGAACCUUCUGUUCCACUGGAAGAUGAGGUUUUAGGCAAAUCUGAUCAAGAUAUUACUGAACAGACUCAUUUACAAGCAACCAUGUCUCCAGAAACUUUGAGAACAACAGAGAUCAUACAGGGAGAAACCGAGAAAGAACCACAAACCCCAGGGAGCUCAUUUCCUGCUCUCAGUUCUACUGCAGUUAUGACAAAGGAGACGACAGCAUUUGAAGAUGGAGAGGGAUCAACAUACACUGUCUCUGAAGACAGAUUGGUGACAGGUUUUGAAAGAGUCCGAGUUUUAGAAACCACUCCCAUUGGAGCAAUUGAGCACGGCACAUCUUAUCCACCCGGUGCGAUAACGCAGCACGCAGCGGAAGUGGGUACAGUGGUGACACUGGUACCAACCAUUAGGCCAAAAGCAGUUUUAAGUACAGAGCCAGAAAUAAAUUAUGAAGCAGAAGGUAGUAGUCCCACAGAAUUUGCAUCAACCUUGAGGCCCUUCGGGACUCACAGCACAGAGCUUAUGGAGGAAACUACUGAGGAAGAAAAAAAGACAUCCCCAGAUUAUACAGAUGUAGGCUCAGGACUAUUUGAAAAACCACGAGCCACAGAACUCCCAGAAUUUCCAAUAGCUCCAAGUGACAUCAGUGUUUUUACGUCCAUAGAUAGCCUUUACAGAACUCCACCAUUCAGGCCAUCUUCAUCAUUUACUGAGGAUCCACGUGUCUUUGAGAAGGAGCCCAGUGGGGAAACGACAGAUGACAUCAUACUUACCAGAGAAUCUCUAACACCACACCCUCCCACAACUCUCAUCGAUAUCAUAGCUAAGAAAACAGAAACUGAUAUUGAUCAAGAGUAUCAUGUGACCUCAAGGCCUCCUGUAACACAGUCAACAAAGCCAUACACUGUGGAAAGAGAAACAACCUUCGAGCCUCAGGCACUGUCUGCUUCACCAUCCCCAGCAGGGACAAAAUUCCACCCUGACAUAAAUGUGUAUAUUAUUGAGGUCAGAGAAAAUAAGACAGGUCGAAUGAGUGAUAUGGUUGUAAGUGGUCAUCCGAUAGAUUCAGAGUCUAAAGAAGAUGAACCUUGCAGUGAAGAAACAGAUCCACUGCAUGAUCUGUUUGCUGAAAUCUUACCUGAAUUACCAGAUACCUUUGAAAUAGACAUAUAUCACAGUGAGGAAGAUGAAGAUGGGGAUGAGGGCUGUGCUAAUACAACUGAUGUAACAACUACUCCAUCAGUGAAGUACAUCAAUGGGAAGCAGCUGGUCACCACAGUGACCAAGGACCCGGAAGCAGCAGAAGCUAGGCGUGGCCAGUAUGAAAGUGUUGCACCAUCUCAUAAUUUCUCAGACAGUUCUUCAAGUGACCCCCAUCAGUUUAUAAUAGCAGAAACAGAAUUGUCAAGUGCCAUGCAAUUUAACAAAUCUAAAGAAGCCCCUGAAUUGUUAGAAAUCACGUGGAAACCUGAGACUUAUCCUGAAAUACCGGAACACUUUUCAAGUGGUGAGCCUGAUAUUUUCCCUACAGUCUCAUCCCAUGAUGGUAAAACCACAAACUGGGCAAAGCCCAUCACAGAGAGCAGUGCAAACCUUGGAAAUUCAGAGCACAAACAGCCUAAGCCUAUACCUCUGUCUCCUGAAGAUUCUUCAGGAGACGGUGCCCUUGACCAAGCGUCCCAGGAAACCGUCCUUUCUAGGGCGACAGAAAUAACAUUUAGUAAAGAGACAGACCAAAGUCCUACCAUAUCUACCUCUAGCAUACUUUCAAGUUCUGUGUCACUAAAUGUCUUGGAGGAAGAACCAAUGACCCUAAUAGGAAUCCCACAGACGGAUGACUCUUUGUCUACUGUGGAAAGUUCGGUAGAGCUAACCCCUGGAGAAUCUGUAGAUUUCUCAGGGAGUUCUUCAGCCCCUAUUAUUGAAGGGUCUGGGGAAGUGGAAGAAUAUAAAAAUAAAAUCUUCACCAAGGUAACAACACCCCAGAGAGAUCUUACAGACACACUCAUCCCUUUGGAUAUGGGAGAGAUCCCAGACAGCCAUUUUUAUAUUCCUGCAACCACCACUCCUUUCGGUUCACAACUGCCUUCUGAAGAUGCAAGGCCUACACAAUCUGGAAUUCAGACAGACACUUCUGAAUGGGUUUUCAAUACGUCUUUUGAAGGAAGGAAAAGGGAAGAAGACAAAGAGGGAACUACAAAUGCAGCCCAUGGAGUGGAAGUCCAAUCAGCAACACAGAGGUCAGAUCACUUACUUUUACCUCCAAAAUUAGAAAGUUCAAAUGUAGCUGCAUCUAGUAAUUCAGCUACCUGGGAAGGUUUUAUGCCAGAGACAACACCCACACAGGAAAUGGCGAAUUCUACUCUUGUUUCUAGAGGAACACAUCAUGUAGUCAAUUUGGAAGUACGGCCCUUUGAGCAAAGCGGUAGCAGGGUCCACGAUGUCCUGACCACUCUCUCGGGAUGGACCCCCUCUCUUUUAAUGGAUUCAGGCUCAGGAGAUGUUGGUGUUGAUCUGGAAUCCACAGCUGUUCCUUCAUUUUCAUUAGAUUUAGAGUCUGAAACCAAAGUCAAAACAGAAUUACCUAGUACUCCAUCUCCCAGUGUGGAAACCUUAUUCUAUGAGCCAACAGGGUUAGCUCUGAAUACUGUAUUGAAUGUAGAAGUUGCUGAAGUUAUGAGCCAGACAUCCAAGGAGACACUGAUUUCAGAAAUCUCAGUAAAGCCAAGUCCCCUGGCAGAAGUAAGGGAUUUAUAUACAGGUUUUCCUUUGGGAGAAGAUUUUAGUGGUGACGUUAGUGAAUAUUCAACACUGUCUUAUCCAGUGACAAAAGGGGAAAGAGUGGGGAUGGGAGACUCGGAGAACGAACCAGUUAGGGAUAUACAGACUUCACCAUCUAUGUCGCCUACCUCUGAAGAUAUCAGCCUUGUGCCUGACUCAAAAGGACUCAGCAGUAGGGUGGCCAGCACCUCAACCUUCCCUUGGGAAGAGUUCAUGGCCUCAGCUGAGGGCUCAGGUGAGCAGCUGGCCUCAGUCAGGAGCUCUGUUGGCCCCGUGCUUCCUCUUGCUGUGGACAUUUUUUCUGGGACAGAGUCUCCAUAUUUUGAUGAAAGGUUUCAUGAAGUGGGUGCUAUGGCGGAAGCAGAUAGAAGAUCCAUCACUGUGCCAACAGAAGAAACUGGACAUACGAUAGAUCUGACAGCAAAUGGGGACAUAAAAGUAAAUAGCACAAUUUCAAUGGACUUUCCCCAAACAGUGGAGCUAGCCAAAUUAUGGCCUAAACAGGAAGUCAAUCCUGUAAAACAAGAGACGGAAAGUGAAACAGCAUCACAGGAAGAAGCUCAGGGACAGAAGACUUUUGAUUCUCAGCAUGAUUCUCUUGCAACAGAACAAACAAUUUUGGAAUCCCAAACACUUAUUGAAGCUAAAUUCCAAACUCCAGAUGACUCCAUGUUAACAGUAAAGAAAUCGUACGGUAGUAAUAAGGAGGUGGAGGAGGAAAGGAAGUCAGUAGCUCAUGUAUCUACUCCAGGUCCAGGGAUAGAAGGCUUAGAACCAUAUACUGCUCAUCCUGAAGCAACUGGAAAGCCACACACUUUCUUAGAUACUGCUUUCGUGACUGAAUCUGUACCAGCUAGAAGUGUAGUUAUGGAUUCCUCAACUCAAGAGUAUGAAAGUAUAAAAUUCCUCCACAGGGGUAUGAAACUAACAAUUAAAGAAUCAAAUGCUGAUCUCUCAUUCUCAGGACUGGGAUCAGGAGACACCUUGCCUCCUCUGCCUACAUCAUCAGUGAGUUUGACUGAAACUGAGCAGGUCAUUAGCACAUUGCAUCCUGAGACAUCUCACAUGGAGAGUUUAGGAACAAACAUCUUAAGUGAUAAAAUAGAAGACGAUGGGAUAAUGGAAAAUGAGUCAGAUGAAGUUGGAACACUCAUUUCCAAAACAGACAGCAUCUCUCAAGACAGUAAGGAAGCACCCGGCACAGUCCUGAGUGAUACUAGAACCAAAGAACCUCCACCUUCAACUCUUCCAUUCACAAAGCACAGGGACACGGAGCAUCCUCCAAAUCAUACCCUCGAGUGGGAAGAGGAAAUCCAGACCCCUAGACCCCAAACCAUGACUGAACAGACCUCUAAUGAGAGUUCUUCAACAUCAGAAACUGAAGCAGCAGCAACCUCCCCUACUACUUUUCUGGCUCAGACUUCCAGUAUUGAAGUGACCGAAGUGACAUCAGCAUCAAAACAAUCCGACUUAUUUUAUGUAAACUCUGGAGAAGGGUCUGGAGAAGUGGAUGCUUUUGACUUAGUGCACACUACUGGAACUACUCAGGCAACCAGUCAAGGAGAUAGCACAUUUGCUUCUGAUGGAUUCCUGGCAAAGCAUCCAGAGGUGUCAAGGACUGAGGCCGGAGCUACUGCUGGAUCUCCAACAGCUUCAGCAAUGCUCCCGCAUUACUCAGAAUACAAUGAGGGGUCCCUGUAUCCAACGUUGCCAAGCAUGGCGCCAUAUGUGCAUCCCACAGAAGGUAUGACAGAUGGGCUGCAAGAUCACAUCAGAGUUGAAAGUUCUACCUUGAAACUCAGCAGAAGAAGAACCACUGAAAACAUCAUCAUAGAUCUAGACAAAGAGGAUAGUAAGGAUCUAGAGUUGGCAGUUACUGAGAGUGCUGUCAUGGAAAUUCUACCUGAGCUGACAUCAGAUAAAAAUAUUAUUAUAGAUAUUGAUCACACUAAACCCAUGUAUGAGUAUAUCCCUGGAAUACACACUGACCUAGAUCCAGAGGUAGCAUUGGGAUUACACAGCAGUAACGAAGAAAGUCUUCAAAUUCCAAAGAAGGAAGAGGCAGCUGCUAAUCUUUCGACAGCUGAGGAAGCAUUUGAGGGCUCUGGUGAUGCACUUCUUUCUGGCUAUACUCAAGCAAUGCAAAACAAGUCUGUGACUUCUGAGGAUAGAAAGCAGGAAGAGAAAAGCAGCUUUAACUUUGCAACUGGAAUCCCACUUCCUAGCAUAGAAACAGAAUUAGAUACUUUCUUUCCCACAAUAUCAACACUGCCCAUUCCCAGUAAGCUGACCACAGUUAGUCCAGAGACUGAUCAACCCCAAACUGAAGCCAUAUCUCUGGAUGAUGUAUUUGAAUCAAGCACCUUGUCGGACGGCCAAGCUAUUGCAGACCAGAGUGAAGUAAUAGCGACACUGGGGCAUUUGGAAAGGACACAGGAAAAAUACGAAGAAAAAAAAUAUGGAGGUCCUUCUCUUCAGCCAGAAUUCUUUUCAGGAGCAGGGGAGGUAUUGACAGAUCCCCCUGCUUAUGUAAGUAUUGGUAGUACGCACUUUGUGGCCCAGCAUUUAACGGAAUCCCCUGAUGUCACAGGAAGAGCUGCCUCCACGCAUCACGCUGAACCAACACCUGCAGUUUCUGCUCUGGCAGAGCUGUUUCCUCAGACACCACCUUCUGCCUUCCCUGUCUACAGAGACAGUGGAGUCUCUGAAUACCCAGAGGUUGCUCACACAAGUGCUCAACUAGGUCCCGGUGCUGCCUCAUCGCAAAGCUCUAGAGAGGGUUCUUUCAAGGAGGUCCGUGCUAAUAUUGAAGACACCAUCAAGCCAUCUGGUGAAGAUGUUCACAGAACUGAGCCUCCGUUCUUGUCUCUGGACCCUGCUUUAGACGUUUCAGAAGAUGAAAGCAUUCCUAAGUUACUAGAAGAACUGGAAACAUCUCCCACACCACCAGUUGCCAAAGAAGAAACUGAAACUCCCCAAGAUUCUCUGAACAAAGCUGAAGCUAAUGAUCAGAUUCUAGGAGAAACAGUUGGAAGGCUUGCCAGUGUAGGAACAACGGCGAGUGGACCUGUCAGUCCAGCUGCCAAUGGCGCGGAGCUAGUGGGUGCCACACAGCGGCUGCACGCUACUUCUGCAGCUUUCGGGACUGAGACAGCUGUACUGCCUCAGCCCAGCCCACAGACGCCUGAGAGCGCCACCCUUCCUUCCUUGGAAAUGCGCCAUGAAACAUACACAUCUUUAAUUGGAGAAGAAUCCAUAGCUGCAACAUCUGAAAAACAAGUGUCAAAAAGAAUUCCAGAUUACAAUAACCAGGCAACAGGCAGCUCUCUGGAUCUAAAUACUGCACAUUCAAGACCAGCAUUCUCCAUUCUGGACAAUUCUAACGAAACUGCUUUCCUGAUUGACAUUAACGAAGGGUCCGUGGAAGGCACAGCGGUUUAUCUACCAGGAGCUGACCGAUGCAAAAUGAACCCAUGCCUCAACGGAGGCACCUGUUACCCCACUGAGACUUCCUAUGUGUGCACCUGUGUCCCGGGAUUCAGUGGAGACCGGUGUGAGCUGGAUUUUGAUGAAUGUCACUCCAACCCUUGUCGGAACGGAGCCACCUGUGUAGAUGGCUUUAAUACCUUCAGAUGCCUCUGCCUUCCAAGCUAUGUUGGCGCACUCUGUGAGCAGGACACUGAGACAUGUGACUACGGCUGGCACAAAUUCCAAGGGCAGUGCUACAAGUACUUUGCUCACCGCCGCACAUGGGAUGCGGCUGAAAGGGAGUGCCGUCUGCAGGGUGCCCAUCUCACAAGCAUCCUGUCUCACGAGGAACAAAUGUUUGUGAAUCGUGUGGGCCAUGAUUACCAGUGGAUAGGCCUCAAUGACAAAAUGUUUGAGCACGACUUCCGUUGGACUGAUGGCAGCGCUCUGCAAUACGAGAACUGGAGACCCAACCAGCCAGACAGCUUCUUCUCUGCUGGAGAAGACUGUGUUGUGAUUAUCUGGCAUGAGAACGGCCAGUGGAAUGAUGUCCCCUGCAAUUACCACCUCACCUACACCUGCAAGAAGGGGACAGUUGCUUGCGGCCAGCCCCCUGUUGUAGAAAAUGCCAAGACCUUUGGAAAGAUGAAACCACGUUAUGAAAUCAACUCCUUGAUUAGAUAUCACUGCAAAGAUGGUUUCAUUCAGCGUCACCUUCCAACUAUCCGGUGCCUAGGAAAUGGGAGAUGGGCCAUGCCUAAAAUAACCUGCAUGAACCCAUCUGCAUACCAAAGGACUUAUUCUAAGAAAUACCUUAAAAAUUCCUCAUCAGCAAAGGACAAUUCCAUAAAUUCAUCAAAACAUGAGCAUCGCUGGAGCCGGAGGUGGCAGGAAUCGAGGCGCUGAUCCUUAAAAUAAACACGUGCUUCACCAUUUCAGCCAAAGCCCUGACUUUCUGUGCCUUUCCUAUCACCUCAAGAAGUAUUAGCAGUUGGUUUGGAUUUUGGGACUUCCAUCUGGUCAUUUGGGGUUGCUGUGCUCCUAAAAUAUUUUCAAUGAAACAUGGAAUUUUUAAAAAGUGAAUAAAAUGAAAGAGAAUGAGCGAAGAAGAUACCAUUUUCAGCCUAUCUAAUUUCUUUAGUUCUCUCUCUCCAGUGUUCACCAUGUAUGCCAGCCUACUGUACUAUUUAAAAAAUGCAAUUUCAGCACCGAUGGCCAUGUAAAUAAGAUGAUUUAAUGUUGAUUUUAAUCCUGUAUAUAAAAUAAAACAUCACACUGAGUUAAGGCAUAUUUAAUGAUGACUAAGGAGCUUGCAAGGGCUUUAAUCAUUGGUCUGGCUGCUUUGCUAUAAUUUGUCUAGGCUGGAAAUGGUUUUGUCUGCCCAUUGACUGUCAGCAAGUUUGAGGAUGACUUUCCCGGACAACCAGCAGAGUCUUGAGUUCUCUGCGCCCUUAUCAGCCAUGGGAGCCGUGCUGGCCCAAGCGAUGCCUGGCUGAUGGGGGACUGAUGAAACUCUCGGAGCUCCAGGGUGCAACUCCAUUUUGCCAUGACCCUUUUUCUUCACCUACAUGAAGGGCCUGGAUGGAGGACUUUUCUAUGACUUGGAACAUUUUUUAAGGGUCAAAAUGCUAAUUAUUAACGCAACCAGGUUUUCUUUUUAAUGGCUUUCUUAACACUAACGCUGGUAAGGUAACAGAUGAAGGUAUUUGGAAUGGAUAUAGAGCAAGGGUUGUGGGGGGAUGGGGGUUCUUAAAACAACAACACUCGUGCAAAAAAAAAAAAACCUUUUUGUACAUAUAACCAUUUUAAUCCUUUAUAAAAUUUUGAAUGUUCAUGUAUGAAUGCUGCAGCUGCAAAGCACACAUAAAUAAAUGAAGUAAGCCAUACAGAUUUAAUUUAUUGGAUGUUAUUUUCCCCAAGACCUGAAAUCAAUGUAGUAUGCUAGUAAUUUUUCCGUGUUAGCUUUUGUACUUUCUUCAAAGUUUGAAUGCUUAUAAUAUAGGUACUCUGUUCCUGAUUAAAAAAUGUGAUGGAUAGAAUGUUCCAAGUGUUUCUUAUGGAGAACGGAAAAGUGUUUAGCUAUCAGUAAGUGGUGGUUGCCCAUUCCAAGCAAUAGUGUAAGUGUAGAUCUAGUGUGGGCAUUUCUUCCAGUUAGGUACAGUAUAUGUGCUGAAGUUUUUGCUUCUCUCUUCCCACCCAUUUCCCCCUUGCAUUUGAACAGUGAUUGCUGAAGCUGGGAUUGAAUUACUAUUUUAAGAUAUUUAAGGCUCAAAGUUAAAACCACUCAUGGACAGAAGGCAUUUAAGGCUUUUUCACUCAUAACUUUACAGAAAACUACUUAGGGAAAAAUACAAACGAAAUAUGAUCAGAAGCCAAACUUUAAUUUAUACAAACAUUGGACUAUCAUAUGCUUUCUCAUAAACAGGGGCAGAUUUUAUGUUUUAUACACCAGAUCAGGUAAAUUUUCAAGAAUGAAAAGAACAGUGAAACAACAGACUGGGAUUGGUCCUAUGUUGAUUGUUUCUCAUGAAGCUUUCCUUGGCUUAGAGGAAAUGAGUGCACUCAGCACAGUGUCUUAGUAAGGUCCUGGGUCUCUGCAGUACGCGGAGUCCGUCCUAACAUGUUCUAGAGCGCAGAAAAUCACUGUGUUGACUUAUUAGGGCUUUUUUUCCUUUUCAUUACAAUGCACAUAAUACUUCCCUGUAUUUAUAUUAUAACAUGUAUAGUGUAAAAUGUGAAUGACUUUUUUUGUGAAUGAAAAUCUAAAAUCUUUGUAACUUUUUAUAUCUGCUUUUGUUUCACCAAAGAAACCUAAAAAUCCUUCUUUUACUA